AUGGAUUCUUUCUACAAUAUGAACAACAACAACACCUAUAGCAGCGAGCCCAAGCUCAACGGCAACUCCAACUCGGACUCCAACCACGACGCCUCCAAGAUGAACCAGGCCAGCUCAAACCGUGGAACUCGCCGCAGGGCCAGCAAGUCCUCCUACUAUGGCCACCGCGCCAAGCAACCAUCGAGCAGCAGCUUCACUUCGUGCUCCGACAAGAGCGAGUACAACUGGCCUUACCACGGCGAGGACGCCAGCACAGCCCAGAACCAGAGCAGUGGCUUUGCAUCACCCGAGAUCACACCAUCACAACAAAUGUUGUUGAGGGAGAUAGGUGCGGCGUUGACAUUAGAGACCGCCAUUGGCCUUGUGGGAACUGAGGCGCAGCAGCGCCUGGAUGGAUUCCAGCUCGAGCAAAGCUCGCAAUAA